UGGUACACGCAGGAGCGGCUGACGCCAGGCCCUGUCUUUGGCAGCAAGGAUAACUUUCACGGAUUGGCCAUUUUCCUGGAUACAUAUCCCAAUGACGAAGCAACAGAGCGCGUCUUCCCGUACAUCUCCGCCAUGGUGAAUAACGGCUCCCUGACUUACGAUCACAGCAAGGACGGGCGCUGGACGGAGCUGGCGGGAUGCACCGCCGACCUGCGGAACCAGAACCACGACACCUUCCUGGCAAUUCGCUACUCCAGGGGUCGGCUCACGGUGAUGACAGAUGUGGAAGACAAGAACGAAUGGAAGAACUGCAUUGACAUUGCAGGGGUCCGCCUGCCUACUGGCUACUACUUUGGGGCUUCUGCUGGCACUGGAGACUUGUCUGACAAUCAUGACAUUAUCUCGAUGAAGCUAUUCCAGCUUAUGGUGGAUCACUCUCCAGAGGAUGAAAACAUUGACUGGACCAAGGUUGAGCCUAGUGUCAGCCUCUUUAAGUCACCCAAAGAUAACGUGGAUGACCCGACAGGCAAUUUCCGAAGUGGGCCGCUGACGGGCUGGAAGGUGUUCCUGCUGCUGCUCUGCGCGCUGCUGGGCAUCAUCGUGUGCGCUGUGGUGGGAGCUGUGGUCUUCCAGAAACGCCAGGAGCGGAACAAGCGUUUUUACUAGCGGAAGAACUGGGCUGGGGUCUAUGCCCAAACUGCUUUAUU